AUGCUUCGCUUUCUACAUCGCCCCAGUCGACUGCCCAGCAGAGUCGUCUACCUGGGAACUCCACUGUACAGCAUCCCUCAUGGCUCCAAGCCAUUCUCGGUAUCGAACGAGACGAGAUCAUCGAACCCUACCUCGGAGCCACAAGGCAAGGUGCAAAGGACGGGAGGGCGUCGCAAGGCGCAGAAAAAACGAAGAAAACAGGCAUCAAAGGCCGAUUCGGCAAAUUUGAAACAUGAAUCACUGGGUUCCGGUGGUCACCAUCCGAAUGUUACGUUGAACGAAUAUUUGCGAGGCUUUCAACAAGAUGGUCCCGCCGAGACGGACAGUGGUCCAGAUGCCGCACCCAAGUCUUGGAAAUCCAUCUUAGCAGACAGAAUCCAACAGCUGCGUGGGAAAUAUAACCCCAAGGACACGCCCAAAUCAGACGAGAAGGAGAAGCCAGCGGGUGCACUGGAUGAGGAGGCAGCACGAGAGGCGGUCACGAACGAUGGAGCUACGCAACAAAUACAUUCAGGGGAAUGGACAUCCCUGCGCACCAAAAUUCAGUCGGUCGAAGAGAUUCCCGAUGCGAUGCCACAAAAUGGGGCGUCUGAACGAGUCCAGCAGACGGGGGAGGCAGAGGCCACGGGAGAAGCUGGACAAGCGGCGGAGUCAGCCUCGAGCGAUGCAACCCCAUCCAAAAAAACAGGCGGCGGCGGCGGCGGAAAAGGGAAAAAGGCGAAAGGAAAGUCAAGGACUGCCGCAAAGACGGCGGCCGAGACUCCGCUGGACGUCAAGAUCAUUCGACCGCAAACAUUGCACUUUCGGCCCGUGGAGGAGGAUGAGCCGCUGCCUGUGCCACAGCUGGCGCACAAUCUGGACCGUGUGCUGUUCAACCCCGGGGUCUACCACAUGCAGGAUCAUCGUUCUCGAGUCUUCAACUUUGACCCGUACCUGGCAUCGAUCAUGCCGGUCGAGGAGUUCGAUUUUGGCGCGCUCAAGUCGUACAUCACGUCGUCGGAAGAUGUCAAGCUGCGGCAGCUGAGCGCAAAACAUGGUCUCAAGUACUGCGGCUCGACCUCGAGCAUGACUUCGAUGCUUUCGCAUUUCCAUUUCCUGCUGUCGGCGUGGAGGAAACCGACGUUUGACAACCUUUCGCGCUCGCUGGAACCAGAGUCGGUCAACUUCACGGUGCUUUCCCGGGGACCGGCCGCGGCCUUUGCACGGUUCCAAGACGGCGUGUACGCCAUCGACUCGGACAAGGAGUACGACACGGAGAACGUGCUGAGCAUGCUCGGGAGGUCGAUGGAAAAGCUCUUGACGCUGCCAAAGGAGGAGUUUGAACGAUAUCGGCGCACUCGAUCUCAUCAAAUCUCCGAGGAGGAGCGAAAUGCGGAUGAAUCGUAUCACUACACGACAAUGGGCGAUUUCAUGAUGCGUUCGCAGCUCGACGCCCACGACGCGCGACUUCCGGGCUCCGGCAUGUUUGAUCUGAAGACGAGGGCGGUGGUGUCGGUUCGAAUGGAUGUCAAGGGGUACGAGAAGGGAGUCGGCUACGAGAUCCGCAAGCGAUUCGGACAGUGGGAGUCGUUUGAGCGCGAGUACUACGACAUGAUUCGAGCCGCCUUCCUCAAGUACUCCCUGCAAGUUCGCAUGGGCCGCAUGGACGGCAUAUUCGUCGCCUUUCACAACACGCGGCGCAUAUUUGGCUUCCAGUACAUCAGCUUGGCCGAGAUGGAUCACGCGCUGCACGGCACGUCGGACCGGCGGCUGGGCGACGAGGAAUUUCAGUGCAGCAUCGCUCUGCUAAACGACCUGAUGGAUCGGGCGACGAAGCGCUUCCCAGGACGGACGCUCCGGCUGCACGUGGAGACGCGUCCGACCAAGGUGCCGCUGACGUACUUUUUCGUCGAGCCCGUGACGGAAGAGGAGAUGAUGAAGAUUCAAGAGGCCGGCAAGCCAUCUGUCGAACAGCUCGAGGACGAGAUCCGCGGCAUCAGCCGCAAGGAGCAGGAGGCCGAGUCCGUGGAAGAGGAGGAGGGUGCCCCGGCGGCGCGACGGACAGAGGAGGCGGACAAUCUUGGGGAGGCGGACAAUCUUGGGGAGGCGGACAAUCUUGGGCAGGCUUCCACGACGGGCGACGCCCAGAGCGAUGCUGCCUGGAAGGAGAUGAUGGCCAAGGUGGAGGAGGCGGUGGAGAACGAAUCGGUCGGCAUCCGAUCCAUCAAGGAGGCUGUCCAGGACGCGCUGGAGCACAGCGGCCUCCUGAGCGGGAAAACAGAGGUCGAAAGCGAGAGAUGCGUCGACGACCUCGUCGCAGCUCUUACGGCGCAUUCGUCGGAGAUGAAAGUAUCUCGCGAGUCGCCGGUCGAAAAUGCCGAGGCGGGAGUCGAAGCAGAGCCGACGACGGGCGACGACGCCAAGGCAGAGACGGUCUCCCUGAGAGACCUGAUCUUGAAGGUCACCGAGGACAUGGAGAACAAAUCGCACAGCUUGAAAUCGUUCCAGCGCAUUAUUUCCGGCGUCGCCACGGACUCGGCAAGGCCAGGGAUGGUCUCGGACGCGCGAGAGACGCCGAUGGCCGCGGCAUCGGCCACCGCCUCCGAGGUGUCGUCGGCCAUCGAUUCGGCAGCAGAAGAGGCCGAGAACGGCGGCGACGGGAGGGAAGAGCAGCCGGGCGAUAUACUCGGCCUCUACGUCACGAUUCGAAAUCGCGUCAACGGCACUUUUGUCGAGCGUCCGUCGAACCCGGGGAAGGAGUUUGACUGGACGGUGCAGUACGCCAUCACGGAGCUGCCGGAGAAGAGGGCGAGACGGAUCUACGACAAGAUCAAGAAGCGGCGGAGGGCGGCGCUGUCGCAGAAUCCCGACAGGGCGGAGGAUUGGCAUCGCAUGUUCAAAGGGACGCUGCCGAUCAUGGCAAAGCAGGGCGAGACGUACAGGGCCAAGCGGACCCAGGAGGAGGCGGGCCACCCCGUCUACGUUGCGUGGGACAAGAACCCUCUGAGAACAGAAGGUCCCAGCUGGGCCGAGAAGAGCGAGUGA